AUGACAACACGGGGGUCGCGGGCGACUGAGGACGAGGUCGCUGCCUUUCCCCACCGCUAUGAGGUUGGCGACGAGGUGGAGGUCGGGCUCGACGGGCGAUCCUCGCUGUACCCUUACGACCAGGGAUGGGGCGAGGGGACGAUUGUCAAGGUUCAUCCCCUGGUUUCGGAGUUCCCGAAGGGCGCGUUCCAUGGGAUGGACGCGAGUCGCCUCGGGGCCGCCGUGCCGUACAUGGUGCAGCUACAUAAGGGCAAAACGAUCGUCCCGUGUCCGAUCGACGACCCGGACUUCAUCCGCGCAAAGGGCGCAAAGUACCAGACCGGCGCGCCCACCCGUUUCAAGGUUGGCGACUCGGUGGAAUGCAAAAUCGGACCCGGGCCCGACGAUUGGAUCCCCGGCACGGUUCGCGCGCUCUGGCAGCCGUACCCGGGCUGGGGCCGCGGCUGGAGGGAGCUCGGCAUGUUCGGAUACGAGCGAGAUUCGCGGCAAACCCCGGACUGCUGCCCUUACCACGUCACCCCGGACGGAAAGCGAUUCGACGGGAAGGUGGUGGGCGCGACGAACAUCAUGGUCCCCGCGGACAACGACGGCUACAUCCGAACGUCCGCGAAAUUCAGGGAAAAAGCAGCCGCGGACGCCAUCGAAGCGGCGAACGCGGCGGGUCACACCCGACCGGGCCGUGAACAGCUCGACGCGGUCGUCGGAGCCUACAAGGAGUCCGUGGCGGCUGACCCGGCUCACGUCGCCGCGCUAGACGAGUUCAUCGCGCUCCUCGAGAAGACUGUCCAGCUCGCCGUCGUGGGCCUGGGGAACUUGCCGGAGAAGAGGGUGCGCCGGGCGAUACGCGCGUUGAAUCCGCGGAAGCUGCCGAGGAAGGGCGACGCGAGGAGGGCGAGAACGGUGCUGCUGAAGCUUCUGAUCCAGGAGUGCAAAAACGACGCAAAAUACGAGCGAAGGUUCCGGGACAUGCUGGAGGACAUGCGACGCCGCGACGGGGAGCAGUACGACAUCAGCGACAUCUACCCGCUCGACAGUGAGACAGCCCACGUCACGAUUGGGCGCCGCGACGACUACUAG